AUGGACCAUGCGAGUGCGGUAGUGGAGCUUCUUCCACGCAUCGCGAGCAUACCUAUACCAGGAAACCCUGAUACGUAUCGUGUGCCUGCAGCGCGUGCGCGCGAAGUUCGACAGCGCCUGUGUCAUGAACUGCUCUCGACCGUGCCCGUGACCAGUCUCUUCCCCGCCUCCAUCGCAUCGACCAGCGCAGAUGCAUUUGCUCUCUUGGACCAAUGUGACUGGCACAUCACAAUGGCGCAGCAGCGUGCCGAGACCUUGCAAGACGCGCACGCCUCAGCAGCAGCAGCAGCAGCAGCAGCAGCGCCAUCAGAAGGAGUAGCAGCCACCGCUUCAUCACAACCCGAGUACUCAAAGAACCGCCGCGGCAUGGCCUGUGGGCAUGUGUUCCGCAAAGGUGAGCCGAUCUUCCGGUGUCAUGAAUGCUCGUUCGAUGACACGUGUGUCCAGUGUGCGAUGUGCUUCCGCCACUCGAUCCACGCACGUGAGGAUCAUGAUGUCGUGUUCUCGGUGGCGGAUGAGGGGGGUGCUUGCUGUGACUGUGGCGAUGAAGAGGCGUGGAACCGUGAUCUUGGAUGUGAGUUUCACAGUCUUCGCCCCCACAAUGCGCCUGAGCAUGAGAGUGGCGAGCAGGUACCGAGGGGCGAGCAGACACUCGACGAGAUCCUAGGAAUCGUGCCUGAGAACGUGCAGCAGGAUCUCGGGGAAUUUGUGGCGCUUCUGUCGGCUUUUCUGCUCGAAACGUUUCUACAUGCGCCCAAACAGACGCAGCUUGUCAUGGGUCCCGACGUUGUCGACAGCAUCAAGCGGCAGCCGUCGUUCGAGAAUGCCUUCCCUGCGAAGGGCAAAGCCAGGCAGGACAUGUCUGAUGGGGCCGAGCGUGAUCCGCAGCCGCCACUCUUUGUCGCACUGCUGUGGAACGAUGAGAAGCACAGCUUCAACGAAGUGUCAGACAAGAUUCUCGAGGUAUGUACCACCAUGACGCCCAAGGACGCACGCAACUUUGCCGAGGCUGUCGACCGGCACGGCCGGCAGGUUGUGGCGAUGUCGGACGAUGUGCGGCGGCUCGUCCUGAUGGCACGCCGCAUCGGCGUGAUUUACCUGCUUGUCACCGUGCAGCAUGCAUUCGACUACUAUGUUGAAGAGGUUGCGGGAUGCGUGCUCGAGUUUCUUAUGGAGCUUGCCAGUUGCUCGUUGUAUAGCGCCGAUGCGACGUCAGACGGGCGCAUGAUCAAGGCCCAAAUCACGAAGACGCUCCUGCGGCCGUGGCUUGUGCCGGAGUGGGCUGAGGCACCUGCGGCCAUCCGCCGUGAUCUGUUCGAUCCGACGCGACUCUGCAUACUUGACACACUGCUCCUUCUCGACACAAAGAUGUGGAAGGGCGCGCGUCUGCAAAUGCGGCAUCUACUGAUGGAUCUGCUGGCGUGUCGUGAGGCGAAGCGGCAGAUUGCAUUGCGCUUUGGCGCUGUGUAUCCGAAGCUCGUCGAGGCGUUCAUCUUGCAUGACCGCGAGCCCGAGCACUCGAUCUAUCACAUGACUGUCCAGCUGUUCAGCGUGCCGAGCAUUGCGACGCAGCUUGUGGUCGAGCGGCAGUUUCUUGUGGUGCUGCUGUAUGUGCUGCAGGCUCUGUUUGCGAACGACAACGAGACGCGCAUCACGUCGCUCGUCCUGCCAGCGCCUCUCCCUGCACGUGGCCAGGCGAGUCCUGACACGGCGCUUCUUCGGCAGCAGAAAUGUUACCACAUUUUCUACGACAUCCGCUAUCUGCUGGGCGCACGAGACGUGCAGCUCGACAUCGUCAAGCAUGCGGAGAUGUAUCUGGGCAUGUGGCUCGAGUUCUUUGCUCUCUUCCACGGCAUGGCGCCAGACAAGCGUGCGGUGCAUGCGCAUGUUGAGUUCGAGAGUGAGCUGUGGAUUCAGGUCUUCCACAUCAACUCGCAUCUCGGACGCAUUGCCAAGCUGCUGGGCGAGGCGUUCGCGGGCGCGGACAACGCGCGCCUGUGUGAGGCGAUUGGGUUCAUCGGCACGACGAUCCUGCGCCACAUGGCGCGUCUAAGUGCGUUGGAUCCUGCGACACACCCGCCGCUGGCCAUGCGGCCGAUGAAGCUGCCGGCGUUGGAGCAUGCGCCGCUCCAAGACACGCGUUCAGGCACCGAGGCCAAGCGCCACGACGUUGACGUCGUGCCGUUCAGUGUGUCGUCGCAGCCCGUCAGCUUCCACCACCCGAUGCACUGGCUCCUUGCCGAGACUCUCAAGCACCUGCACAAGGUGCAGAGCAUCGACGCACUGCUUCCUGUGCUGAACGAGGACGACUGGCUGCGUCUGAUGGAGCACCCCGUGCGUGUGGCUGUGAAGCUCGCGCAGAUCCGAUGCAACGUGUGGGUUCGCAAUGGGUUUGUGAUCAGGUCGCAGGCCUACCACUACCGCGACUCGAUGUGGAUGCGGGACAUUAUGUACGACCAGGACCUGUUCCUCCAGCAGUGUGGUAUGGCGUUCACGACACCCGAGCGUUUCCUCGCGACGCUCCUGGAUCGCUUUGAGCUCGUUGACUUUCUGUCGGGCCGCUCCGCGCAACACAACGUGUACGACGCACAGCAGCUCGUGUUUAUGACGGAGGAGCUCUUCUUGCUCCUGACGGUGCUGCUCAACGAGGUGAGCGUCAUGGCACACUGGCCAAUCGAAGCGCAGGUCCGCCACGAGCUGAUCCACUACCUGGCCCUAGGCCCAUGCACGUACUCGGACCUGACGAAACAAAUCCCCGAGCGGUACACGGACCAUGGCUGCUUUGACCACGAACUCGCACGUGUCGCGCAUUUCCGCAAACCUGAUGGCAGUGCCGACCACGGUCUGUAUGAGCUGCGCCCUGCGUACCUGGCCGAUGUUCAGCCAUUCUUCCAUCACUACUCGCGCAACCAGCGUGAGCAGGCUGAGCAGGUUCUUGCUGAGAAGCGGCAGCAGGGCUGUACACUGCCGCUGUACCAGUCGAGUCAACUCCAUGUACUGGCCAACACGCCCUUCAGCGGCCUGGCUCAUGUAUUCACAAGUCCCGUGAUGGCUGACAUGCUCUUCUAUGCUCUCUCGUAUGCAAUCUCACAGCCGGAGCCUCCUGACACGCUCAUGAAUGUGACGCUGCACUUGAUCGCUCAGGGCAUCGAGGAGUGCGGCCGCGAGUUUGUCGCCAACAUCCUUAUGCCCGAGCGCACGAGCCGCGACGCCAGCAGCGAAACGAACGAGCGGGCCGAAUCGGCACACGAGGUGCCUGUACACACACCCGAUCCAAUCUCGGCGACAAAAGGUGCGACAGAAGGUGCGACAGAGGGUGCGACAGCGGCUGCUUCGGCCGCGUCCUCUCCACGCACACUUGUGGCGCUUCUAGUACAGCUCUCGCAGCACAGCCAGCAGGCAGCCGCGUACAAGCCCAAGGUCACGUACAUCCUCGAAAAGGCUGCCGUCUGGGCGCCCGACACGGCGGGGCUUGUGCAGCACGUUCAAAAGCCGACCGAGCAGCCGACCGACGACGAUGCGCGGCGCAAAGCCGCUCGUGCUCGACAGACUGCGAUCCUACAAAAGUUCUCUGCGCAGCAGCAGAGUCUGCUGGCCGAACUCGAGGACGAGCUGGGCUCCGACGACGACGACGACACCGAACAGGGCUACGGCCCAUGCAUCCUGUGUCAGGAGCGGCUGGACAGUGGCAGCUCCUUCGGCACACUCGUACAUGUUCAGCACAGCCGUCUUGUGCGCACGUCUGUCCCGCGGACCUCGGAGGCGCUAAGCGAUGUGCUCGCGACACCGCUGAAUCUCGAUCGCGUUCGAGCCGCUCCGCACGACGACAUCCACAGCAGCCACGGGUCCUCGCGGGACCGCAUGCGGGGCCAAUACACACGCACCGACGAGCGCGGCUCACAGCUCGGGUACCCAGCGCCGGCGCACGUCACGGGUCUCGUGGCUGUGUCGUGCGGGCACAGCAUGCAUGUGUCUUGCUUCCACACGUACUUACAGAGCACCGAGCAGCGGCAUGCCUUCCAAGUCGCACGGAACCAUCCCGAAGAUCUCUCGCGCUUCGAGUACGUGUGUCCGCUAUGCAAGUCGCUGGGCAACUUGCUCCUGCCCGAGCCUGGUGUCUCGAGCCUGGGCUCCCAGGCACUGUGGGACACGAGCCAUGCGAUCCCCUCUUCGCCAGCGCAGUCCCUGGGUCAUGUGCAGCUCAGUCCGGCGCCGCUCACCGAGUGGGUCCGCAGUGUGAACAUUGCGAUCCUCAAAAGCACGCCCGCCGACUCGGCCGUCUUGACGGACCAUCAGGACAUGGUCCAUGGCACCGGCUGCUUCGUCCCUUGGCUUGUGUCCGGCUCGGCUCAGCCGCACAACCCUGACCUGGGCGCUGGCAUCUUUGGCGCUGACGAGUGCCACAUGCUCCAUCGCUACACGAGUGUGCUGCAGCUCCUGUCUGACGAGACCGCCCACUCUCGUCUGCAGGAGCGCCACGCGACCGUCCUGGAUGCUCUUGGAUCCAACAACACCGCCAUGUACGUGCCAGAAUCUCUCGUCGCCUACACGAUCGCGCAGCUGGACAUCGCCCAGCGCGGCAUGCCCCAGCCCAUCGCACACUCUCUUUCCGCGACGCAGGUGCGUGUCGUGCAGAUGCUGCUCGAGUCCUUGGGCGCCUCGGCUCGCCUCGUUGCGCACCAUGUCCACGAUGCGCACAUGCUCCAGCAAGGACUCUACAAGCGUCUGCUCCCGCAAUGGGCAAGCGAGCCUGCCGUGCGCUCGCCGAUCAUCCUCCGCCAUGCGAUGGGUGUCCUUGUAGAAGCAGCUGUCCUCGUGCCAGACCAGAUGCGUCACGUCGCGACGCUCAUGUUCUACGUCAAUUUGGUGCAGUGUGUGUUUGGUCUUGCGCAGCCUAUGAUGAAACCCACCAAGCCUGCGUCACCCGUGGAUUCGUCCGACCUGGAUGCAGCCCUGCGCAUCUUCCCACAUGCGCGGUGGCUCGUCACCAGCAUCGUGAGUCUCGUCGGCUAUGUGCGUGGGAACAUGACUCUUGGCUUCGACCAAUUGUCAGAUGGCGAGCUUGCUAAAGCGCUCUGCUCCUACACGCUGCCUUUCCUGCGCCGCGCUGCCAUUCUCAUGCGUGUCGUCGCGGGCGAACAGGCUGUCCCUGUUGUUGAUGCGGACUCGGAGUACGAGUCGCUUCUUGCCUCGCUGCAGAUCAUCCCCCCUACCGAGGCUCUGCCGGUGCACUCCCAGCCGAACGCCUUGCUUACGAUGCUCGUCGAGGGAUGGACCAAGCAUGCCUACGUGCACUUGGCCCCGCUGUUCCGUCCUCUGCCGAUCCAGCAGGGUCCCGCGCAGUCGGUCGACAGCUUGGUCCUAGAGCACCCGCACAUAUAUGAGCUGUUGCCCCUGCCCGCGCGACCUCACGAUCCUCCUGCAGCAGACGCAAGCCCGCACGUGCCGUCGCUGCGGCACGUUGCCGCCCACAUUUUCCCUCUGCCUGCUAUGUGGCGAAGUGCUGUGCGAACAGUCGUAUUGCUGCUCGGAUCCCGACGAUGA